AUGCAGGAAGAGAAAUAUGUAAGUCAGAUCGAUCAACUAAAAGGUGAGAUGAAGUGCCUCAUUAAUGGAGUGAUGGACCCCUUGGCCAAGCUUGAGUUGAUUGAUGCAGUUCAAAGGCUAGGAUUGAAAUAUCAGUUCGAGAAAGAGAUAAAAAAAGCAGUAACUAGUAUUUAUGAAGAUAGCAACAAUGCAUGGUUAAGGGAUGAUAUUUAUGCAAUUGCCCUCCAAUUUAGGAUCCUUAGACAACAUGGGUGUAACGUAUCUCAAGACGUAUUUGAAAGGUUUUUGUGGGACAAGACGGGUGGUUUUAAGACAAGCUUUUGUGAGGAUGUGAAGGGGCUAUUGAGCUUGUAUGAGGCUUCUUUCUUUGGUUUCGAAGGUGAAACUAUCAUGGAUGAGGCCAAGACUUUCACAACAACACACCUGAAAGAUAUCAAAGGAGACAUACCACCAAGUUUGGCCAGAAAAGUAGGCCAUGCUUUGGAUAUGCCCCUGCAUUGGAGAUUGGAAAGAGUGGAGGCUAGAUGGUUCAUUGAUACAUACGAGCAAGAACAAAACAUGAAUCCUAUUUUGCUACGACUGGCUAAGUUGGACUACAACAUAGUGCAAUCUGUUUAUCAGAAAGAGGCCAGAAAAUUAGCAAGCUGGUGGGUGGACACCAACUUAAAUAAGAUGAGCUUUGCCAGAGAUAGACUUGUUGAACACUACUUUUGGAGCAUUGGAACAGUAUCUGAACCACAAUAUGGACCCUUUCGUUUUAUGACGACAAAGAUAAUAUGCUUCAUAACUAUUAUAGACGAUAUAUACGAUGUCUAUGGUUCAUUGGAAGAACUAGAGCUCUUUACAGAUCUAGUUGACAGAUGGGAUAUAAAUGGAAUUGACAAGCUUCCUUGCAAUAUAAAGACAUGCCUUCUUGCCAUGUACAACACUAGCAAUGAAAUUGGCUACUGGACAUUGAAAGAGCAAGGCUUCAACAUCAUCCCUUACCUAAGCAAAGCGUGGGCAGAUAUCUGUAAAGCAUUCUUGAAGGAAGCAAAGUGGUAUCAUGGUGGAUACAAGCCGACGUUGGAAGAGUAUUUGGAGAAUGCAGUGGUUUCCAUUUCGGUGCCUCUCAUAUUACUUUGUUGUUGCUUACUAACCACAAACAAAAUCACUCAAGAGGCAUUGGAUUAUAUCGACAAACUUCCGAGUAUCAUGCGCUAUUCCUCUAUGAUUGUUCGCCUCACCGAUGAUUUAGGAACUUCAUCGGACGGGGCAGUGCUUUUACCAAUAUGGAGAUGGGCAUGGUGUGCCAGACAGUUGGACGAAGGAUCAUUUGAUUUCUUUACUGGUCCAACCGAUACCAUUAAACUAGUGGUGAACAGAAUGCUUGGUUCAUGA